GAAUCCUAAAAGCUUGUCCGUCUCAUUUCCAAAAUUCCAAUGGCGAAGAAGAAGCAAUCUCAGACUUUGGUUACUCCAUCUGCGGCGAAGAAAUCCCCGGAAGUCGCAUCAACUUCGAAGAAACCGUUGGGAGUCACAUCUCCGGUGAAAAAGCAGUCGGGAGUCACAUCUCCGGUGAAGAAGCCGUCGGAAGCCGCAUCUCUGGCGAAGAAGCCGUUGGAAGUCGUCGCAUCGACUUCGAAGAAGCCGUUGAAGGAAACAUCAACAACGGCGAAGAAGGUGCAACCAGAACCGGUUAAAAAUCCACCGCCGGAAUCUUCUAGUGACGAAGAAGAAGAAUCAGAUUCUUCAUCUGAGGAGGAAGACGAAUCAUCCAAAGAUUUCGGUAAGAAAACUGCUUCGGCUUCUGUUGUCACCAAUGAAAAUUCAGAUUCAAAGCUCGAGUCGGAGACUGAGAGUGUUUCUGACUCUGAAACAGAGCCAACGACCAAAACGCCGACUCCUGAUGCUGUUGUUGUCUCUUCUCCGAAUAAGAAGAGACAAAGUGAAGGAGAACCAUCAACGGAUGUGAAACGAGCUAAGACGGAGACUGAAACAGAGACGGCGAAGAAGCCACCGUUUCAGAGAUUGUGGAGUGAAGAAGAUGAGAUCGUGUUACUUCAAGGAAUGAUCGACUUCAGCAGCGAUACAGGUAAGAGUGUUUCGGAUGACAUGAACGGGUUUUUCGAGAAGCUUAAGGAUUCAAUUAGUUUUGACGUGAAGGGUGUGAAUCAGUUCGUUAAAAAAAUCUGGUCUUUGAAGAAUAAGUAUGUGGUGAAAAAGAAAAGUGGUAACUUUACCAAAGAUCAUGAUAAGAAAUGUUUCGAAUUGGCUAAUAUGAUUUGGGGAAGUGAUGUUGAUGCUACUCUUGUGAAGUCAACGAAGAAGAUUAAGGUUGAUGACUCUUUGAAGGUUGAUGUUGUGAAUGUAGAAUGUGAUUGGUUCGAGAGGUCGUUUAUUGUUGGUGCGUUUAAGAAUUUGGGUGCGGGGGUUGAUGAAGAGACUUUGAAAGAGAAAUGGUAUUUGGUACCGGUAAGGACGAGGAAGAUGAUAGAAGAAAAGGUUAAGUCCGUGCAAGCUAGUGAGUUCAAAUUGGUGUUGCAAAAGCUUGACGUUUUGCAUGAGGUUAGCUCUGUGAUGGCUAAUUCUGAUUAGACUUUAUCUAUUUAGAUAUGCAUUUGGCUUUUGUUUUGUUUUUCUGUUUGAACCUUAUGACUUUCUGGUUUAUGUUCUUUUGGGUUUUGUUGUAACGGCUAAUUAGUAUCAAAUGCAUCUUUUUUUUGGGUCCUAAGUAGCAAACAAUCUGAUGGCUAUUCAUAUGUUAUAUGUUAAGAUGUUGUUUGGACAAUCUUUAAUUAUAUGUUAUGUUUUCUUUGCCGAUGACCAAAGUUAGCUUCUCUGCAUAUAUCUGGCCACACACUUGAACUGGUUUUAACCAAACUGAGAGAGCAAGAGAAACAUGGGAACCUCAAGAACAUUGUUCAUAGUUAGUUUACCUUGUGCUGCUUGUAUUUCUCUCUUACAUCUUAUAAAGCUCCUCAUGUUUC